GUGUUUGUUGCAUCCGCUCUGCGUCAACCCUGGAAAUUGCACUAGCAGAGAAUAAAAAGAGCUUUAUGGCUGAGUGCAGGGGAUUGUGGGAGUUGAGCAAGCUGACUAGCGGCAUUCAGAGCAGCCCCUGGCCUGGAGUUCAAAUGUUUCUGCUGCCUCACUACCUGUCUGCUCAGGGCAAAGAUGCAAAUGCCUCUCUCGCUAACAGCCCAGAGAAACCAGGCCAUUUGCCUGGCUCACCCUUCCCCUGGGACAUACCCCAAACCCCCCACCACCAGGAGCAGUCGCCUAUAUAAGAUAAGGUGUCCAGGUGCUGUCUGUCAGUCUACCAGCGAGUUUCCGAUUCUGAACGUGUUCUGAUUUGACCACCAUUUGUCACCAUGCGUUUUGAACCUCCUCCAGGUUACCAGUCUAUCGCCAACCCGGGCUUGCCAUAUACAGGGGCCAUCUAUGGUGGUUUGAGGCCUGGAAUGUCCCUGUACUUCCAGGGAACAGUCCACAAGGAUGCUACUAGAUUCUGGAUCAACCUGCAAGAGGGGCAGGUUGGAGACGUGUCCAUUGCCUUCCACUUCAACCCCCGGUUCAGCCCCAGUGCGCAUGUGGUGAUGAAUUCCAGGGUGGGCAACUGGGGAGGAGAGGAGACGCCCGGGGAGUCAGCCAUCCAACAGGGAGAGGACUUUCAGCUCCUCUUUAUUGUCACCUCUGAGGGCUACCAGAUCAAAAUAAACAGCAGUGACUAUCACCUGUUCAAACACCGCAUGCCAGUGGAGGAGGUGGAUGCCAUUGACAUUAUGGGAGACUUUGAUUUGAACCUAAUGAACAUCAUCGGGGGAGGAAAAGGGUUCAUCCAGGGAUACCCAGGCCUCGGACAGAUGAUGAGCAUCCCAUACGUUGGGUCCAUCUACGGUGGCCUGAGGAAGGGCAUGUCUGUGCACAUCCAGGGAGCUGUUCCCAGUGACGCCACCAGGUUCCACAUCAGCCUGCAGUGUGCUGAGGCCAAAUGUAGCAACAAAGCCUUGUACAUCAACCCCCGCUUCAUCCCUGCCGAGGUGGUCGUAUUCAACAGCUUCAUGGAGCGCAAAUUCGAGGAGCAGGAGAGGCCCACCGAUAUGCCCUUAGAGCUGGGGGAGAGCUUUGACAUCGUCAUCGUUGUCAAAGAAGAGGGCUACCAGGUGAAUGUAAAUGGCAGAGAGUUUUACAUGUUCAAGCAUCGUAUGCCAGUGGAGAGGGUGCUAGCCGUAGCCAUUGGUGGAGACGUGUACGUGGGGUCCGUCAACGUCACAGGGGGAAAUGAAGGAGCAAUACAGGCAUGGCCAGCUCAAGGAUAUGUUGGGAAAAACACAUAUACCCAGCCCAUCCCUGGUGGUUUGAAGGCGGGGACGUCUCUGUACUUUCGGGGAUCUCUUCCCACCCAUAACUCUAACAGGUUCCACCUUAACCUGCAGGCUGGGGAUGAUCUUGCUUUACACUUCAAUCCCCGAAUCCAAAGCAGAAUUGUGGCGCUUAACUCCAGUUUGAACAAUGGAUGGGGCAAGCAGGAAAACGUUGAGGAGUUCCCCUUCCGGAAGGGCGAUCCCUUCGAGUUGGUCUUCUUUGUCACUUCAGAGGGAUACGAGCUGUGCGUUGAUGGGCGCCAGAUCUACCUGUACAAGCAUCGUGUAUCGCCAGAGCUGGUGACUGGAAUCCUUAUCGCUCAGGAUGUCUCUGUGCAGGCCAUGAACAUCAUCAGGGAUCAAGAAGACACAACAGCACCUCCAGCUCCAGAAGAUGGAGAAGAAGGACAUGUAAUAGAGUUUCCAGCUCCAGGAGAUGUGAGCGCCGGUGCUGCCUCCCUCAACAUCGAUGGCGGCUUGAAGCCAGGAAUGUCUCUGUACUUCGAAGGAACGGUUCACACUGAAACCAAAAGAUUUACCAUUAACCUGGAGUCUGGGGAUGAUGACAUUCUUCUACACUUCAACCCCCGAUUCGAACCUGACAUAUUGGUGAUGAACACCAAGGCGAAUGGAUGGCAAAAGGAUGAAAAGGAGGACUGCCCCUUUCAGAGGGGAAAGGACUUCCAGCUGCUCAUCAAGGUCACCUCCGAGGCCUACGAGAUCAUUGUUAAUGGCAGUAAUGUAUACACAUACAAGCACCGCGUGCCAGUGGAACAGGUGACCCACAUCAGAAUCUGUGAGGGCGUUACUAUGCAAACCGUCAAGAUCUUCAAGGAACAAGGAAUCAUAAAGGUGUAUCCAGGUCCAGGAAAUGUGAAGGAUGGAGGACAUUCCCAGGACAUUGAUGGCGGUUUGAGGCCAGGAAUGUCUCUAUGCCUGCAAGGAACAGCUCCCGAGGGGAACCCAGACAGAUUCAACAUUAACCUGAUGUCUGGGGAUGACAUCGUCUUGCACUUCAAAGUGUAUUACAGGUUUGGGUUAGUUGUGUUCAACACCAAGGUGGGAGGUUGGCAGCUUGAGGAGAGGGUCGGUGAUCAGCCCCUCCAAGCAGGAAGGAACUUUGACCUUAUCUUCAAUGUCACUUUAAAAGGCUACCAGGUGAUCAUUAAUGAACGUCCGUUCUACCUCUACAAGCACCGCAUGGCAGCGGAUAGUGUGACCACCAUGUGUAUCGGAGGAGACGUCUCCUUCCACGCAAUCAACAUCAUCAGGGACAGUACAGGCGGUGAGGAAACAGGCUACAACUGGAGAUUCCUGCCUAUGUUGAGCACACAACCAACCUACAACCCGUCCAUUCCGUUCUCCACGAUGAUCCCCGAGGGGAUGAGUCUUAAGAAGACCAUGGUUUUUGGUGGCAGAGUGCUAUCUGGAGCCGACAGGUUCGCUUUUGACUUCAUUGCGAGCAGCACUGGAGACAGAGUCUUUCAUUUUAACCCACGGCUCAAGGAGAACUCGGUGGUGCGGAACAGCUAUAUUCGUAAGAGUUGGGGGUCGGAGGAGAGAGAUGUAAAAUCCAAUCCUUUCCGUGAGGGCGAGUGCUUUGAGGUCGUGAUUCGGUGUGGGAGGCUGAAGUUCGAGGUUUUUGCAAACGGGAAGCACAUGUUUGACUUUUACCACCUUUUCCAGCCAUUUACUGAGAUCGACAGCCUGACCAUCAGCGGGGAUGUGCAGCUGUUCUACGUACUUAUCUGAGCCUUGCUGAACUUACUACUACUUACUACUUACUACUGUGAUGUCACAGUUCUGAUAUCUUGCUCUGAUGUCAUUGUUUCCAUAUCCUGCUGUGAUGUCACUGCUCUGAUUUCUCAUGUCACUGUCAUGUACCCUGCUCUGGUGUUACUGGUAUGAUGCCCUGGUCUGAUCUCACUACUUUGUAAUACCCUGCUCUGAUGUUAUUGUUCUGACAUCACUGUUUCCAUACCCUCCUCUGAUGUUACUGCUCUGAUUUCACUGUUCUGAUACCUGAUGUCACUGUUCUGAUGCCCUGCUUUGAAGCCCCCUCACAUCCCAGAUUUUAGUCCGAGAUGCCCACUGCCGAGUCCACAGCUUCCUGCCUCAUUCCUCUGCCUUCCUCUUACUAAGGCUGUUUGUUUAUUGGCUGUAUUUCAUUGAAGUGACUUAAUAAACGUUUUCACAAAUUCUAAA